CUACUUAAUGCUUAUGUGAUCUAAGCACUUGUUUGUCCUUAUUUAAUGUUCGAUAAAUAACAAAGAUAAAAUAAUACUGAAUAUGAUGAACGACGAAUGGAACAUAUCUAUAAAGAUUGAAGUCUGCUGGAUAACCGGAAUGUAGAAACCUAACCUAAAACAGUCUUCUUGAAGUGCUCUUUUUAAUGCGACAAUUUUCUUUUCUAAACAUCUAUUUAAGGUAUUUAAAAAGAUGGGUUGGAUAUUAGAAGUGGCUAAAAUGUUUAUGUAUAUAUCAUUUCCUGUUGGAAUAUUUCACUAUGUAAAUCAGCCAGCUUAUUUUGAAAAGUGGGUGAUAAAAGCAAAAGAGGAAUAUUACCCAUCUGAAAGUAGGCAGGCGAAUAAAGAAUUAGAAGACUUUAUUUAUGAGUUUAAUGCUAAAUAUGAAAGGAAACAAUUGGAUGCUCUUGAGAAACAGAGCAAGAAGAACUAAUGAAGAAAAUAUAUUGUAAUGUUUCUAAUUGUAUAAUAAUAUUUAUAAGGACUAGGAUAACAAAAUACCUUUGGUAUAAUUAAUUAGAAAUAAAAAUACUAAUAGUCUAUCUUUAAUAUUGACAUUUCUUUGUAUCUUCAAAGAAGCUUUCCUUACUAGGUACUAUCUUCGAAUUCAUUUUGAACCUACCAUUGUUAGCAUCUUGUUUUCUAAAAGUGAAAUUGAUUCUUCGUAAAUUAUUUGUACAUCUGUAAAGAGCAUAGAUCUUUUCAUUACAUAAAAGAAAUAAAGAAAAUAUAAAUAAAU